AUGGCUGCUGAAUCAGAGAACGGCAGCUGCAAUGCUUGGGCAGCGAGAGAUCCUUCGGGAAUUCUCUCACCAUACAAGUUUAACCGCAGAGCAAUGCAAAAUAGCGAUAUUGCAACGAAGGUCAUAUACUGUAGAGUCUGUUAUGCUGACGUUGGCUGGACACGGAAUAUGCUCAAUGAUUCAAAAUAUCCUUUGGUUCCUGGGCAUGAGAUUGCUGGAGUUGUAACUCAGGUUGGUGCAGAUGUCAAAGGAUUUAAAGUGGGUGACCAUGCUGGUGUUGGAACAUAUGUGAACUCAUGCCGAGAUUGUGAGAACUGUAAUAGCUCUCUAGAGAACCACUGCCCAAAAGGUGUUUAUACUUUCAAUGGCAUUGAUACACAUGGAACUGUCACAAUGGAGGGUUACUCCACGCACAUUGUAGUCCAUGAAACUAUGACAUAUUAUGAUAGAAAAAAGUCUACGAAUCGGAUCGUGUUCGACCCGGGGACGUCCCCGAAUCUUGGUCAGGCUAAGGCGGACUCCAUGCGCGAGGCUGUCGAUUGGAAGGAAGCCGGCUACUUCGGUCAGCAGGAGCAGGCCUUCCCUUGGUCGUCUGCGAACUUGUUUAUGUAA